AAUAAUUAUUAAUUAUCUAUUAUUUUUAUAUUUUGGAGUAGUGGUUUUUUUAUUUUAAAAUAUUUAAAUAAAUGAUAUUUAAUUUCAACAAAUAAAGAGCAUAAAAUGUUCCGGAAUAAAGUUGCAGUGGAUCGUCAUGUCCAAGAACAAUUUAGAAAAGUUACUGAUGAAAAAGAGCGUAAUCUUCGUUGUUACAACAUAGCCAAGCUCUAUUAUUCAGUUCAAGAUUAUGAUUCAGCUCGUCAUUAUGUAUCAAGUUAUUUGGAAGUCAAGAGUGAAUCAGCACCAGCACAUAAACUUCUUGGUGAAAUAUUUGAAGCUCUUGGUCAAAAACAAAAAGCAUUAGUUCAAUAUAAACAAUCACUUGAACUAGAAGGACGUCAAGAUGAUUUAGUUCUUAAAGUAUGUGAACUUUUAACUGAUACUGAUGUUUCUGUUGAUGUUAACAGUGUCAAAUAUUGGACAGAACGUGCUAGUGAUAAAUUUCCAAAUCAUUCAAUAAUAUUUAGACUCAAAGAACGUAUGUUAAUCAGUGAAAAAACUGAUGUUACAAAUGAAGAUUUAGAAGCAUUAAUUAUUUCUGAAUUAUCAGCAAGACCAAGUGAUAUAGAACUACGUGUUAAACUUAUAAAAUAUUAUCAAUCAAAAAAACGUCUUGAUGAUGCAUUUCAACAUGCAAUUGAUAUUGAAUCAAAAUUUUCACAUCGUGAUAGUUUAAUUUGGUAUGAAACACUUUGUGCAUUAUUAACACAAUACAAAGAUACUAAACAACAAAAAUGGUCAUUUUGGAUAUUGUAUUUAUCAUGUUUGGAACGUUAUGCUGCAUUGAGUAUAAAAGAACAAGGUAUACAAAUACCAAAAUCAAUUGAAGAUGCUAUUCAAGCUGUGUCAAAUUUUGAUCAAGCAUUAACUGAAUCAAAACAACACAAUAUUGAUAAUAAUACAAAAUUUACAGAACAAAUGUAUUGUCAUAUGUUUGCACAGUUAAAUUAUCAUCUAGCUUGUUUAAUAAUACGUCGUACAAAACGUGAACAAGGCAGUUGGACUGAAGCUGGAAGACUUUGUGCUCCAUUAUUAUUAACAGCAAUGCAUUCGUCACCAAUUGAUACAGUUGCACCAUUAUCAGCAAAUAUUAAAGCUCAAUCAAAUCAAGCACAAGUUGAUAUUUGGCAUCGUGAAGGUGCAUAUCGUUGUAGUCAAGCUGCUCAUGUACUUCAAGAUUACAUACGUAAUGAUGUCAAACGUUUAACUGAUAAAAUUGAAAAAUUUUGCAUUGGAUCAUGGAGAGAACGUUUGUAUCAACGUAUUUUUACAUCAAAAAAAUAUUCAACUAUCAUGUCUAAAUCUUAUUUUGCUAAUGAUACAACUAAAAAUUCACCUAUGAGAUUAUUAUCAUCUACUGAACUUGCUGAAUAUGAUGAAAUAAGUGAACAAGUAUUUCCAGCCUCAUUACAUCAUCAUGUUUGGCUUGGUAUUGUCAAUAAACCAAAACCAUUAAAAAGUCAAAAUUUACAAUCUAAAAGUAUUAAUUCAGUACCAAUUAAAAAUCAACAGUGUCAUGUGUUUAAAAAUUUACAAAUAUCUGCUCAUAAUUUAAAUCAAGCAUCACCAGAUAGUCUAAGUCAAUUAGAUAUUGAUGCAUUUUUAAAUGCAACAAUUUUAUGUUCAUCUGUUAUUGUUGAAGAUCAUAAAAAAAGUGGAUUUUUAAAUCCCGAUAGAUUUCCAACAUUACCAGCUGAUUUAACAAAUACACUUUGUACAUCUGUACAAGAAAAAUGGUGGUUAUCAGCAUAUAAAAUGUAUAAUAAUCAAGAUGGUAAUAAUAUUGGUGGUGAUAUUGGUGAAUUACGUCAAGAAUUACAAUUUGGUCUUGAAAUUGUACGUUGUAUUGGUAAUCAUGGUUUACAUCCAACAAUUAUUGUUCAAUUAGCAAGAAUAUUUCAGUAUCGUGCUAAAUUAUUACGUGAAAAUGAAAAUUCAGAUGAGACAUUGAAUUAUCUUGAGCGUCGAUAUGAAUUAUAUUGGUCAACUGUAAUACCUUUACUUGAAAGAUUAUUAAAUAAUCAAUCAAUAAGAUUCAUCAUAACAAAAGUAUUUGAUUAUCAAGGUGGUGAUAUGAAUAAUUUAGAAUUGAGCAAUGCACUUGAGGAAGGUCGUUUAACAUUAGCUGAAAUAAUGGUCAAAGAAAAAAAAUAUGAAGAAGCUGUUGCAAGUCUUCAAAUAUUAAAAUGUCCAGAAUCAUCAUGUCUUCAAGGUGAUGUAUACAAAAUACUUGCUGAUGAAUCAUCUAUUUCAUAUGAAAAAAAUAAUAUUACAUCACCAUUAAGAUCAGAUCAUAUUAUUAUGUUAACAAAAGCUAAAAACUGUUAUUACUUAACACUUGAUCGUUUGAGAAGUCCUGGAAUGAAUCCAAAUCAUCCAUUAAAUGCUGAACUUGGUAAUAAAAUAUUAUCAAUUGAAAAUGAAUUAAAAAAAAUUGAUCCUGAUUAUGUAAAUCAUCAUACCAACAGAAAUAAUGAUGAUAAUUGUGCGUCUGAUGAAAGUUAUUCAUCAGCUCAUAGUGAUGAACAACAUUCAAUUUUUUAUGCAUCAAAUUCAGUUCUUCAUGGUACACCACGUGUUAAUAAAGUACGUACAACACCAAAACAAUCAAGUACACCACGUAUAUCACAACAAGAAAGAUUAUUUAAUGAUUCAACAAGAUCAAGAGUACAUUUUGAAGCUCGUCCAAGUCCUGAAAGACUUGAUGCACAAAUACGUCAAUUAAUUCAUUCAAAAGAUUCAAUGAUUUCAACUGUUGUUGAGCAAUAUAAAAUUAUUCUUGAGUCAAAUAAAACACUUGUUGAAUCAAAUAAAAAUAUGAAAGACAUGCUUGAAGAAUUGCGUCGUGAAUUUAAUGAAUUUAGAAAAGAUUCAGCACAAAAACGUGAUUUAAGACAAUCAAAUAUUAAUCAUACAAAUAAUGAUACUGGCUCAUAUGGUUUUGAAGAUGAUGUAUAUGAUAAUUUAACAGAUCAUACACAAAAUUUAUCUUUACAACAACAACAACAACGUCCACGUUAUGCUCCUGUACCAUUUGGAUAUAAAACACCGAUUGUAUCUCAUAUGCAAAGUCCAGCAAUGCCUCCAAAUAUGUUUGCUACACCAAGAGCUCCAUUUUCACCACAUGAUUAUUCACAAGCAAAUCCACUUUCAAAUGAUUAUUACAAUACAAUGCAACCAUUUCUUCAACAAAAUUAUAAUGAUCCAUACAAUCAAGCAAUGGGACCAACAAUUUAUGGUACACCAUCAAGACCAAUUUAUCCUCCACAAGUAUUUUCACGUACACCAUCUGUUGAUCAAUCACCAAUUGGUGGUAUACCACCACAAGUAUUACCUGGACAAACACCAGCCUCUUUUAUGAUGCCAAGAAUGAUGGCUCCAUUGUCACAAGAAACACAUUUACCACAAAAUGUUGCUUUGGCACAAAUGCAACAGAUGAUUGAUUUAACACGACAAGGAAUGUCUGAUACUUCAAUAACAUCAACUCCACCACCACCACCACCGCAACAACAACAGCAACAAUUACAACAAAUACAAAUACAACAACAACAACAACAAAUUCAACAACAGCAACAAGUACAACAACAGCAACAAACACCACGCUCAAGUAUACUUGGUCAAAUAUUACAAAAAAAUCCUUUAGUUAAUAAAGCACCACCUGUUAAUGUUGUCAUUACUAAAUCAGAUACAGUUCCUACAACAGUACCACCUGUUCAACCAACAAUGAGUGUUACAAUACCACCACAACAUAUUAACAGUGGUAAUAGUAUUAAUAUGCAACAAAAUAAUUAUUCAUUAAAUAAUACUGUUGAAAACAUUCCACAUACUUAUCAAAUGACAAUGCCAUCACAUGCAAUAAUACCAACAACAGUUAUUCAUCCACCAUUAUCAGCAACAAUAACAAAUACAAUUGCUGCUGGUGCUGAAAAAUCAAAACAUAAUGUUAGUUUGUUAUCAACGGGUUCACAUAAUUCAUCAACUGAUGCAGCUGAAGUUGAACAUGAUCCAAUACCAGAUUUCAAGCCAAUUAUUCCUUUACCAGAUGAAAUUACUGUUACAACUGGUGAAGAAGAUGAAGAAGAGUUAUACUGUGCAAGAGCAAAAUUAUUCAGAUACUCUGAUAAAGAAUGGAAAGAUCGAGGUGUUGGUAAUGUUAAAUUAUUAAAAAAUACAGAAGGCAAAGUGAGAUUACUCAUGAGAAGAGAACAAGUAUUGAAGAUAUGUGCCAAUCACUUUUUAACAGCAGACAUGGAGUUGAGUCCAAUGAUGAAUUCAGAUAGAGCAUGGACAUGGGCUGCUAAUGAUUUUGCUGAUCAAGAAGUUAAACUUGAAACACUUGCUAUUAGAUUUAAAUUACCAGCAGAAGCACAAUCAUUUAAAGAACAUUUUGACAAAGCAAAAGCAUCAUUACCAUUGAGUCCAGUUAAACCAGUUAAAAAAAGUCAACCACCAGUUACAUCAACUCAAACAACAACAGCUACACCAGUCACAACUUCAUCAUCAUCAUCUGUUGUUCUUGGUGGAUUUUCAUUCAGCACAACACCAAUUAUUCAACAAAAAACAUCAGUUGAUACUAAAAAAAAUGAAGAAACAGCAAAACCAAGUCCAUUUUCUGGUUUUUCAUUUACAAAAACAACUGAUUCACCAGCUGCACCUGUUGACUUUUCAUUCAAUCAAAAGUCAGUAAUACAAAAUACAAAAACAACAGCAACAGCAGUAGCAAGCAAGCCGUCAUUGGCAGAGAUGUUUAAACCUGAAGUAGGUUCAUGGGAAUGUAAAAGUUGUUAUACAAGAAAUACGUCAUCAAAUGUUAAAUGUCUUGCUUGUGAAGGACCAUCACCAAAUGCACCAGCUCCAAUUGUCAAAGAAGCACCAAUACAAAAUGCAAAAAUAACAUCAGCAGCACCACCACCACCAACAACAACAACAACAACAGGUAAACCAUCAUUAUCAGAGAUGUUUAAGCCAGAAGUUGGCUCAUGGGAAUGUAAAAGUUGUUACACAAGAAAUAAAUCAUCAAGUGUUAAGUGUCUUGCUUGUGAAGGUCCAUCACCAAAUGCUCCAGCAGCAUCGGCAAAUGAUACAACAAACAAAUCAAGUGUCAUAGCUUCUACACCAUUUACAUUUGGAAUACCAGCAGCAGUACAAACCAAUCAAAAUACACUUUCAACUGCUAAACCUCUUUUUAAUGAUAUAUUUAAAAAUAAAAGUGAAACAAGUGUUGGAGCAACACCAGCUUUUUCAUUUGGCAUACCAGCUAAUAAAGAAACAUCAAGUUUUAAUUUUAAAGCACCAGUUAUUGAUGAUAAAAACAAAAUUGGUGAAUCAAAAAGUUUUGAAGGUUUUUCAACAAAACCACCUUCAACUGAUUUUAAUUUUAGUAAUCAAGAAGCUAAAAAUUUACCAUCAAAAUCACCAUUUUCAUUUGGAUCACCUGGUAAAUCAUUUGAAUUUCAUUUAGCAUCAAAAUCACCAGUUAAAUCAUCUGGUGGUGGUGGUGGUGAUGAUGCAAGUGAUGAUGAAGUUGUUGAAAGUGAAGAUAUUUAUUUUGCACCAGUAAUACCACUUCCAGAUAAAAUUGAUGUUAAAACUGGUGAAGAAGAUGAAGAGGUACUUUAUACACAUCGUUCAAAAUUAUUUAGAUAUGAUUCAAAUACAAAAGAAUGGAAAGAACGUGGUCUUGGUGAUAUUAAAAUUUUAAGACAUACAGUUACUAAAAAAUUGAGACUUGUUAUGAGAAGAGAUCGUACAUUAAAAUUGUGCUUGAAUCAAUAUGUCCCACGUGAUUUAGAAAUAACAUCAAAAGAUGAAAAAACAUGGUUAUGGAAAGCAAGUGAUUUUAGUGAAGGAGAAAUUGAACAUGUUAGUCUUGCAUGUCGUUUUAAAAAUUCUGAAAUUGCUGAAUUAUUUAAAAAAGCAAUUGACAAUGCAAUUGCAGCUAUCGAUAUUAAUGAAACACCAUCAUCAGCAUCAACAGCAUCACCACAAGAUAUUCAAGUAUUAUUUGAAUUAAGUGUUACUGAUGAAGAAAAAAAUGCAGCAUUAAAACUUAAAUUACCAGAAAAUUUCUAUUCAUACAAACAAAAAGAUGAUUGUAAAGGUUGUCGAGGUUGCCAAGAAUCAGAUGUUUCACUUUUUGAUGAUAAAAAAAAUAAAGGAACAACUUCAAAAACACCAUCACAAGUUAUCAAAUUAGAUCCACCAAAAUUAACUCCACCAACAAAAACACAAUUUUCAGCUACAACAACAACAACUGCAGCAGCAACAACAACAACAACCACAACAAAUUCGAAUAUUUUCUCGUUCCAAAAAUCACCUAUUCAACCAACAGAAACAAAACAACUAAAACAUGGAACUCUUGCUUCAAUUAUUAAUCAUCCACAAGAUAUAAAAUCAGGUUUUUCAUUUGGUGGUACGAAAAAUAAUAAUAAUAAUGACAGUGUUGUUAGAAAUUUAUUUGGAGGUACUCCAAGUAUAUGCAGUCCAACUACAGCACCACAAACUGAUUCACCAUUUGGAAAAAAUGUAUUUGGAGAGAAAUCAAGUAUUUUUGGUCAACAAUCACUCCCAACUUUUGCAUCAGUUGGAUCAACAAAUAUAUUUGGUGGUGCAACACCAGUUAAAACAUCAGAAGCAUCAUCAACAACAACAACAACAGCUAUGCCACUUUUUGGAGGAGCACCAACAUUUGCAACAGCUUUUGGUAUGACUAAAAAUUCAGAAACAAGCAAUAAAACAUCUGAAAAUAUAUUUGGAUCAGCUGCCAAAGAUUCAUCUACAUCUACGCUAUUUUCAAAUGGCAAUAAUUUAUUUAGUGCUAAUACAACAAAUAAUAAUGAAACAACAUCAACACCACCAGUUUUUGGUAAUACAUCAUCAUUCGGUAGUAAUUUUUCAUUUGGAGGUUUAGCAACAACAACACCAUCAACAACUUCAAUAUUCGGUGGUAAACAGCCAUUAACAUCAACAACUGAUGAAAAAAAAGAAACAACAGUACCAUCAUUUUUAAAAACAGCUGAGAAUACUGUUACAUUUGAAGCACUUGCUGCUGGUACAUCAAAACCAGCUGGUUUUACAACUAACCCAAAUUUUUCAUUUGCUGGAGCUGGACAAUCAGUAUUUGGAUCAAAAACACCACAAUCAUCAACUAAAAAAACACCACAAAAAAAUGAAGAUAAUGAUAAAGAUGCAGAUGAAGAAAAUGAUGAUGGACAAGAUGGUGAAUAUGAUCCACAUUAUGAGCCAAUAAUACCAUUACCAGAUGCAAUUGAAGUUAAAACUGGUGAAGAAGAUGAAGAAGCAUUAUUUUGUCAACGUGCUAAAUUAUAUAGAUAUGAAACAGAAACAAAAGAAUGGAAAGAACGUGGUGUUGGUGAUAUGAAAAUUCUUCAUCAUGUUGAACAAGGAAGAUAUCGUUUGUUGUUAAGACGUGAACAAGUUUAUAAAGUUGUAUGUAAUAUGGCAUUAACAUCAGAUUUUGAUCUUCAGCCACUUCAAACAUCAGAUCGUGCUUGGGUAUGGGGUGGUACAAAUUAUGCUGAAGAUACACCAUCUGUUGAAAAACUUGCUGUUAGAUUUAAAAAUCCAGAACUUGCAAUGAAUUUUAAAGAUGUUGUUGAUCGUGCUAUUGAAGAUUUAUGUACAAGACCAAAAAAUGAUAGUCAUCAAAAUCAUGAAGGAGAAGAAGAAGAUGAUGAGGAGGAGGAUGAUGAUGUUGAUGAUGUUGAUGAUGAUGGUGGUCAUAAUAAUGAGGAUACUGAUGAGGGUGAUGAAGGUGAUGAUGAUGACGAUGAAGUGUCAUAUUCAUUUUUUAAAGUAGCCAAUCUCUUGACUUUGGAAGAAAAUGAAUUUGUACCAGUUUGUCAAAAUGGAAUUGUCAAAAUAUAUUAUGAUUCUGAGGUAUUUGCAUCAAGAAUUGUUUUUGAAAAUGACCAUGGAGAAAUAUUGUGUUCAGUUGUCACUGUAUGGCAACUUGAAGUUGAACUUGAUGGUAAUUGCUGUACGUGGACAGCAUAUGAUGAGUUCUUUGAAAUACCUAUCAGAAGAACUAUGAAACUUGAAUUUCAAGUUGAAUCUGAUGCAGUUGAAUUUUAUAAUAAUGUUCGAGAUAAUGUUGAAGAAUCUGGUUUUUCCAAAGUCAGUGAGGACAUGUAUUACUAAUCUUCAUGUUAACUAGGCCCAUAAAUCAAUCAGUGAAAUUUAAUUAGAUAAUUUUUAUGAAUUACUUUAGUAAAAACAUGAUUAAGAAAAAAAAAAAA